AUGGGUUUGAGGAGGUGUGGAAAAAGCUGCAGGCUGAGAUGGCUGAAUUAUUUGAGACCAAAUAUCAAGCAUGGAGAAUUUUCAGAUGAUGAGGAUAGGAUAAUUUGCAGCCUAUUUGCUAGCAUUGGUAGCAGGUGGUCAAUAAUAGCAGCUCAAUUGCCAGGAAGAACAGACAAUGACAUAAAAAACUAUUGGAACACAAAGCUCAAAAAGAAGCUCAUGGCCACAGCCAGCAGUAUUCUCCCUAUCAACCAAUACCAUAGGAGGGCUCACCUAGCUACUGUGCACCCCACACCACCCAAUAACUCCCUCGUUCAAGAACCUUCACUAAUCCCUCCCAAUCCCUACAGCCCCUCCACAAUCAGGCCCUUUUCCAAUAUUUACGAGCCCAUAUCACCCAAUUUAACCACCCCAAUCACGCCCAAUCCCUUCGGUCCGGACGGGUUUUCUGGCCCGGCCCGUGAUAGCUAUGACGAGAAAAACAGCCUCCUUAUAUUUGGCGGGGAUCAUCAGGAUUUGUACGAGAAUAAUGGGAAAUUCUUGUACGGAUGCAAUUCGUCAUCGACGGCUAUGAAUGAAGGAUACGGUUUUGGUGAUAAUCCGCUGGAUUACAGCGGGAUUGAGGAGAUUAAGCAGCUUAUCAGCGGUAAUCCCGUUUGCGGUAAUCCUACGAGCUUCUUCGUGGACGAGAUUAUCAAGGCGGAGGGAAAUUGAGGGGGGUUUAGGUAAUUAGUCUGGUUUUGAGGGGUUUUGAUGAAAAUAACGUCUUUUAUGAGGGUACAUAGUUGUGAUAUUUCUAGUCUUUGUAUUAAAUAUUUAAAUUAACUGCACCAUUUUUAGUUUAAUUUCUAUCUCCUCCCUGAAUUCGAGAAAACGCUGAAAACUUUGAUUAGUAAUUUAAUGCAUUGUACAGUAUAUAAUAAUUGUUGUUAUUUCCAAUUUUUUUAUUCGACCAGAUAAGAACGUAAUGUGGAGUUGUCAUUUUUACAAUUACUUGAUUAAUU